AUGAGCAAGGAACAUAGUCAGUCGUUGGAUGGCAAGAGGAUUGAAAAAACCAUCGCAUGCGAAUGUUGUGGUCAGAUGUUCGGGAUCAUAGAAGAAUUGAAGCGGCAUAAGUAUUACUGUGGGUCAAGAGAUAAGAUUGCUGAAAGGAGGAAAGAAGCACGCCAAGAACUUGAUGAUGCAAUGUCUACGAUUACUUCUGUGAGCGGUUGGGCCGAAUCUGUUAUCUCAUCUUCUUCUGGUGCUGCAAGUACUAUAAGUCGUGUCCUUACUGUCUGUUUCCUGGUAUGUGCUUCAAUGCAAUCGCGAAGGCGUCACAUCGAAAGAAAGCACCCCGAGAAAUUGAAUGACCUCGAAGUCGAUACGCAUGGUUAUGUGAAAGUUGUUACUGCCUGCCCUUACCGUAGUCAGUAG